UAGGAAAGCAGCAGAGAGCAUACAAUACAAUUUUAUUAAAAAAAAAAAUUAGUUAACAAAAAUUAGAAAAAUUGCUUAAGUACAUACAUAAAGUCAGUGUGAAAAACUGUAGCAAAAGUAGCAGAAAAUAUUAGUGAAAACAAAAGUGCAAUAAAAUAUUGCAGUUUGAAACUGCAAAAUCAACUCGUCGCUCAUCAACAUCCACGCUGUCCACACCACAGGCACACCAAACCAAAAAAAUUUCCACCCUGAUUGGUCAGAGGCAAACAACAAUGAUGAAGCGACGUUGGUCGAAUAACGGCGGUUUCGCCUUUCGCAUGCUCGAAGAAUCUUCCGCCGAAGUGAGCUCAUCCUCCACCGGCCUUGUGCUUAGCACCACACUCUCACCCUCACCGCUCGAUUCGCCUGUCUAUGGCGAACAGGAUCUUUGGUACGAAUCCGCCUUCAAUGGGCAUGGUGGCCACAGCGUGAUCACGUCGGCUCAUGGCUGUGCCAAUUUGCUGCCACCUCAAACCUCCAUAAUUCCCCUGCACCCAUUAGGUGGCAUCCCCAAUAUGAAUGUCAACAGUGCUGGCAAUGCCGCGAAUGGUGUACAUUUCGGUAAUGGCAAUAACGGAGGCAGCGGAAGUGGGGGCGGCGGUGGUGGUGUAGGUGGCAUUGCAUUGGCUCACGGCAAUCAGCUGGGCAAUGGACAUCUUGGAAAUCAGCAAAACGCACAAAAUAAUAAUAGUAGUAAUCUGAAUCUGAAUAAUAGCAGCAAUAUGUUGCAUGCCACUCUGAAUCAGGGUCUAAUGAAUGGUUUGAUGGGUGGUGUAUUGGGUGGAAAUGUGGGAAUGCAACACAAUGGACUCAGCAUGCAGCAGCACACACCGCGCAGCGAUUCGGCGAAUUCGAUAUCAUCAGGUAUGUUUCCAACAGGUUCAUUUGACUAUUUUUCGGAAGUUGAAAUGGGUAAGCUGGCAGGAAAUUAUUUUGGAAGUUAG